AUCAUCAGAAGCUGCAGCUCUUGAAAAUCUCGAGGGACUUAUCAAGGAUACCAUAAGAGCUAGAGCUUUUGAAUCACAGAGUAGUUCUUCUAUUACCAUAUCCAAGUUUGAAUACGACUAUCUGACUGGACGUGCAGCUGGGGCUGAAGAAAUUGCCGAUAAAAAGGCGGCAGCAGCUCAGGCAUGGAUUGAAGCUCUGAAGGCCAGUGAGAAGGAAAUAUUGAUAAAGAUAGACCUAUCUCUUAGAGAUCUCAAAGAGAUGAGAGUGCAGGAAGAGCAAGUGACCUAUAGAGCAGAAAGACAGGUUUCUAGAAAGAGGAGGGUUGAGGGAGAAUUACAGAACUUGGGACAAAAGCGGGAGAGAAAUGCAGUACACGGAAACCGACAACAAGCACAGCCUAGAAAAUCCAUGAAAAGUAAUGGAAGCUUGACUCCAUCCAGGCGAGCUAAGUUUAGAAAAUCUGCUUCCCCUGGAGCUCGGAAUACUUUCCCAAUCCAGAAGAAAAAAAAGGUAAUGCCUAAUCUGGCCAAGAUUUUUAGUGGUAAGAAAAUUGCCAAAGAAGUGUGAGCUAUUUGAAGUUUACUACAUACUCAUUGGCCAAGUGAAUCUAGUCUAUCAAAUGAAUAAAUUACACUCACAUAGUUUGAGAUUUGGGAGCUUGUAGCUUUGCUUUUUUCAAAUAAGUACUGCUCCAUUAGCUUUUGACUUACCGCAGGCGUGUGAGAUAGAUGUCCGAGUGUAUAGCUGUGGGCUUAGAGAGUGGCAAAUUCAUGUAUGUAAUUGUAUGUUGAAUGCUUU